GUAGUGUCCCACGGCAGGUCGGAGUUCACAGGAUCUGCAGUGUAUCGUUUCCUGGCCGUAUUUUUAAUUGUCUGAAAGGUUUAAUUCCCGUUUUAUAUAACGUUGAAGAAUGUCUUCUGAUUCUGGUUAUGGCCAACAUGGCGCACAGCAACAAAGUUACCCGUCGUACGGCGCCCCUCCUGCCCAGGGCUACCAGCAGAGUGCUCCGGGCUACGGUCAGGGGAGUGACGGGUCCUCGUACGGGGGGCAGAGUUAUGGUUCUGGGUACGGACAGCAAGCUGAAAGUUACGGGCAGACUGCACAGAGCUACUCCUCUGGGGGAUACGGCCAGCAGCAGCCGCCGCAGAGCUACGACAGCUUCAGCCAGCAAAGCACAGAGCCUUCAGGAGGUUACAGUGGAAAGCCGUCUUAUGGUCAGCAGUCCAGCUACGGAGACCAGGGAUCCUAUGGACAGUCUCAAGGGGGUUACGGAAGGAGGAAUGAUGGUGACACUGGUCAGGGGGUGAGGAGGUUUGGGGGAGACGACGGGGGCAGAUCUGAAGGUUUCGGCGGAGGAUAUGGAUACAGGGGCAGGGGACGUGGCGGUUUCGACCGGGACGGAAGAGGCGGAGGCAUGGGUGGUGGUGACCGUGGUGGCUACAAAAAUUUCGGUGGCCCGAGAGAUGAUGGACCGAGACAUGAUUCAGGAGGAGACCAGGACAACUCCGACAACAACACCAUCUUUGUCCAGGGACUCGGGGAAGACGUCUCCACCCCCGAGGUUGCGGAGUACUUCAAACAGAUCGGGAUCAUCAAGUUGAACAAGAAGACCGGGCUUCCCAUGAUUAACCUGUACACUGACAAAGCCACCGGCAGACUGAAAGGAGAAGCCACCGUGUCGUUUGACGACCCUCCCUCUGCGAAGGCCGCCAUCGAUUGGUUCGACGGCAAGGAGUUCAACGGCCAGCCCAUCAAGGUGUCCUUCGCCACCCGGAGGGCGGAGUUCAUGCAGAGGGGCGGCAGAGGCCGCGGAGGGUUCAGGGGCCGUGGCGGUUUUGGAGGCGGUCCUUCAUUUGACAUGAAGGGAGGCGAUUGGCCCUGUCCCAACAGCUCUUGUGGCAACAUGAACUUCGCCAGGAGGACGGAGUGUAACAAGUGCGGCACGCCCAAACCCGGGGACGCGGGCGGAGAUCGCGGGGGGCGAGGCGGGUACGGAGGGGACCGAGGCGGGUUCCGGGGCCGGGGCGGGUUCCGGGGCGGAGAUCGCGGCAGUUACGGAGGGGAUCGCGGCGGUGGAUACGGAGGAGACCGCGGGGGCUACGGCGGUGACCGUGGCGGUUAUGGCGGCUACAAGAUGGGUGGAAGAGGUGAACACAGAGAAGACAGGCGAGACAGGCCAUACUGAGGAUUCCUACGGGACCCAUUCCAAUCCUGGGGUUUAGGGGGCAAAGGGGGUUAGAUCUGAGUUCCCUUUCACGUACCUUUCAUUGUCCGAGCAUCCCGCGAACAGCUCCUGUCUGGUGUGCAGCUACUGUGGAGGAACUCGCCGCUUUGGUGGUCAGUCUGUAGGGGGCAGCAGCGAAAGUCUUCAUGAUUUUCAUUUCAUUUUUUAUUUUUUUGUUUGUUUUUGUUUUUUUUUCCCCAUUUGUCUUGUUCUAACAGGUUAAGACAUGGAGUGUUAUUGUAGACUUGUAAAAUGCUGCAUUGCCAAAAUUGCAUUUUGUAAAAUGAAUAAAGUGUGUUCUACUUCAUUGUUUUAAACUGAUAAGUAUUCUGAUCUUUUUUUUUUUUUUUUUACUGGACGUUUAGCUUUCCAGAAGCUUCUGUUGAAAGGAGAUCAUGUGAAGUUAUACUGUAGAUGAGUCAUGGUUGAUCUGUAAUGAUUGCAUUCUAAUGCAACUUCUUAUUUUGUAAUGUCUGUUCUACAUUUGUAAACUGUCUUUAUUGAUCACAUAACCCAAAGCUUCAACCAUCAUCUAGUGGUUUAAAAAUAAAGAAUUUUAUAAUUUGGCAGCCA